CCCGCUCCCUGCUCCCACAGGCAGCACUUUCUGACAGAGGAUCUGCUCGCCUUCUACAAUGAACACCUUGGUACUGGUGGCUCUAACGGCGCUGUGCGGUGCGGCGGUGGCGCGGCCGCAGGUGCCCGUCUUCGACCCGUUCCCCAAGUACAACCCAAUCGACGUGCGGAUCCCGCGGCCGUCUGCCACGCCGGUGCGUCCGUCGCCGCCGGCGAGCCGCGCUCCGCCCCCACCGCCCCCACCGCGCCCCGUCGUGCCAUCGCAGCCGCUGCCGGCCCCCGCACCACAGCCCGCCAUCGUGCCAGCGCGCACCAUCCCGCAGGCCUCCUCAGAGGGCCACUGGAUCAUCAUCAAGCAGGCCAAGGACCAGGCCAACGAUGGAUCCUACCGGUGGAACUACGAGACGGAGAACGGCAUCGCGGCUGAGGAGACGGGCGCCCUGAAGGCGAUCGCGCCCAACGAGGACGGCACGGCGGCGCAGGGCUUCUACUCUUACACGGCGCCCGACGGCACGCCCAUCCGAGUCACCUACACCGCCGACGAGAACGGCUUCCAGGCGCAGGGCGACCACUUCCCCGUGGCGCCGCCCAUCCCGGAGGCGAUCCAGCGGGCGCUCGCCUGGAACGCCGCCCACCCGGAGGAGGAGGUCGAGACUCCAGCCAGGAGGGCCUGAGCUUCCUCUCCACCUCACGGAUACACUGCCGGACGUCCACCACCGGACCGUCUUCGACCAACGGAACCUUCUUCGAACCUCAGACACUUCUACUACCCUAGCAACUUCUCUUCGUUUCCCUACAAGACGCAUCGCCAUGCGUCGUUGUCCUUCUAGCGUCCUAACAACGCAGUAACUGUGCGACUUUGCAGCCCCCGUCUCGUGAGUGUGCGGUGCGCGUCUCAUUCUCAACCUCCGCGCGUCUCUUCUUCGUGAGUUCAGUUCCUCACUCUUAUGCUGAACGAUAUUUAAGAUCUUAUAUAAUUAUGUGUAUCAUAGCAUGGCAAUAAAGAUUAUAUUAAGGCCAGUAAAAA